GUAGAAAAAAUUCCUUUCAUUGUCCCCCGAAGGGUUUCUGCGUUCUCCCCUGAGGUCGAGGAAGAAGAAAAUAUCAGAAUCAUAUAGCAAGCAAUGAUUCACAAAGCAAUAAGAUCAGCAGUAACCCUAGCUCGAUCCUCUCUACUGAUACCUACAUAUCAUGGAACCUAUCUUUUCUCUCCGUUGCUUCCUUCAUCAUCAUCAGCAGUACCAUUCGCAUCAGUUCAUGGUGGAACCAACGCCCAGAACGCAACCUCAGUUGCAAAUCAGAUGAUUAAUUGCGCUCUCGCACAUGCUAGGUCUCAGAAAUCAGAUGAAUCAUACGGACAAGGCAUGCUGAUGCUUGAGCAAUGCCUUUCUUUUCACUCGAGUGAGGAUCAAUCAGCUCAAAAUUCUAGGGGAAUGGUCUUACUCGCCAUGUCUGAUAUGUUAUAUGAAAGAGGAAGUUUCAGUGAAGCAAUUGACCGACUACAGGGCGUUCUGGAUUUGACACAAUCUUCUUUAGGUGUUAGAGUUGCUGCCAUGGAAGCUCUUAUUGCACUCUAUAUGCAGUUGGAGCAGGAUGAUACUUCAUCAGUGCUCGCAGAUCAUGCUUAGAAAUGUUA